UGGCCGCGCCGUUCGCUCCAGAACCGCAGUUCUCCUGUGAGAGGCCUUUGCGGUGGUUCAGACACACUUGCUCAGCAGUGGAAGACUCCGAGUUCUCGGUACUCUUCAGGGAUGAGUCAUGUGGCGGUGGAAAAUGCGCUCGGGCUGGACCAGCAGUUUGCUGGCCUAGACCUGAACUCUUCAGAUAAUCAGAGUGGAGGAAGUACAGCCAGUAAAGGGCGUUAUAUUCCUCCUCACUUAAGGAACAGAGAAGCUACUAAAGGAUUCUACGAUAAAGACAGUUCAGGGUGGAGCUCUAGUAAAGAUAAGGAUGCAUACAGCAGUUUUGGGUCCCGCAGUGAUUCAAGAGGGAAGUCUAGUUUCUUCAGCGAUCGUGGAAGUGGACCAAGGGGAAGAUUUGAUGAUCGUGGACGGAGUGACUAUGAUGGCAUUGGCAGUCGUGGUGACAGAAGUGGCUUUAGCAAAUAUGAACGUGGUGGAAACAGUCGCUGGUGUGACAAAUCAGAUGAAGAUGAUUGGUCAAAACCACUUCCACCAAGUGAACGCCUGGAGCAGGAACUCUUUUCUGGAGGCAACACUGGGAUUAACUUUGAGAAAUAUGAUGACAUUCCAGUUGAAGCAACAGGCAACAACUGUCCUCCACACAUUGAAAGUUUCAGUGAUGUUGAGAUGGGAGAAAUUAUUAUGGGAAACAUUGAACUUACUCGUUAUACUCGCCCGACUCCAGUGCAAAAGCAUGCUAUUCCUAUUAUCAAGGAAAAAAGGGACUUGAUGGCCUGUGCCCAAACAGGGUCUGGAAAAACUGCAGCAUUUCUCUUGCCCAUCUUGAGUCAGAUUUAUUCAGAUGGUCCAGGCGAGGCUUUGAGGGCCAUGAAGGAAAAUGGAAGGUACGGGCGCCGCAAACAGUACCCCAUUUCCUUGGUGUUAGCACCAACGAGAGAACUGGCAGUUCAGAUCUAUGAGGAAGCCAGAAAAUUUUCAUACCGAUCUAGAGUUCGUCCUUGCGUGGUUUAUGGAGGUGCUGAUAUUGGUCAGCAGAUUCGAGACUUAGAACGUGGAUGCCACUUGUUAGUAGCCACUCCAGGACGUCUAGUGGAUAUGAUGGAGAGAGGAAAAAUAGGAUUAGACUUCUGCAAAUACUUGGUGUUGGAUGAAGCUGAUAGGAUGUUGGAUAUGGGAUUUGAACCUCAGAUACGUCGAAUAGUUGAACAAGAUACUAUGCCACCAAAGGGAGUUCGCCACACCAUGAUGUUUAGUGCUACUUUCCCUAAGGAAAUACAGAUGCUUGCUCGUGAUUUCUUGGAAGAAUACAUAUUUUUGGCUGUAGGAAGAGUUGGCUCUACGUCUGAGAACAUCACACAGAAAGUAGUUUGGGUCGAAGAGCCAGACAAACGGUCAUUUCUGCUUGACCUUCUAAAUGCAACAGGCAAGGAUUCCUUGACCUUGGUGUUUGUGGAGACAAAGAAGGGGGCAGAUUCUCUGGAGGAUUUCCUGUACCAUGAAGGGUAUGCUUGUACCAGUAUCCAUGGAGACCGAUCUCAAAGAGAUAGAGAAGAGGCCCUUCACCAGUUCCGCUCUGGAAAAAGCCCAAUUCUAGUGGCAACAGCAGUGGCUGCAAGAGGACUGGACAUUUCAAAUGUGAAACAUGUUAUCAAUUUUGACUUGCCAAGUGAUAUUGAAGAAUAUGUGCAUCGCAUUGGCCGUACAGGACGGGUCGGAAACCUUGGCCUCGCCACUUCGUUCUUUAACGAGAGGAACAUAAAUAUUACCAAGGAUUUGUUGGAUCUUCUUGUUGAAGCUAAACAAGAAGUGCCAUCUUGGUUAGAAAGUAUGGCUUAUGAACACCACUACAAGGGGAGCAGUCGCGGACGUUCUAAGAGUAGCAGAUUCAGUGGAGGAUUUGGCGCCAGAGACUACCGACAAAGUAGUGGUGCCAGCAGUUCCGGCUUCAGUAGCAGUCGUGCAAGCAGCAGCCGUAGUGGUGGAGGUGGUCACGGAAGCAGCAGAGGAUUUGGAGGAGGUGGCUAUGGAGGGUUUUACAACAGUGAUGGUUAUGGAGGAAAUUACAACUCCCAAGGGGUUGACUGGUGGGGUAACUGAACCUGCUUCGCAGCAGGUCGCCCUACCAAACAAGCUAAUAUGGAAACCACAUGUAACUUAGCCAGACUAUACCUUGUGUAGCUUCAAGAACUCGCAGUACAUUACCAGCUGUGAUUCUCCACUGAAAAUUUUUUUUUUAAGGGAGCUCAAGGUCACACAAAGAAAUGAAAGGAACAAUCAGCAGCCCUGUUCGGAAGGUGGUUUAAAGACUUCAUUGCUGUAGUUUGGAUUAACUCCCCUCCCACCUCCCCCUUCCCAAACUGCAUUUAUAAUUUUGUGACUGAGGAUCAUUUGUUUGUUAAUGUACUGUGCCUUUAACUUUAGACAACUUUUUAUUUUGAUGUCCUGUUGGCUCAGUAAUGCUCAAGAUACAAUUGUUUUGACAAAAUAAAUUUACUGAACUUGGGCUAAAAUCAAACCUUGGCACACAGGUGUGAUACAACUUAACAGGAAUCAUCGAUUCAUCCAUAAAUACUAUAAGGAAAAAACUUAUGCGGUAGCCUGCAUUAGGGCUUUUUGAUACUUGCAGAUUGGGGGAAGCAAAUGUCUUGAAGUAUAUUUAAUGGGAUUAGUUUCUAAUGUGGCAAACUGUAUUAAGUUAAAGUUCUGAUUUGCUCACUCUAUCCUGGAUAGGUAUUUAGAACCUGAUAGUCUUUAAACAAGCCAUUCCAGUCAUGAUGAGGUGAUGUAUGAAUACAUGCAUACAUUCAAAGCACUGUUUUCAAAGUUAAUGCAAGUAAAUACAGCAAUUCCUCUUUCAGUGUUUAGGCAGAUUGUUAAUUAUGAGCUAGCCAAAUGUGGGCAUACUAUUACAGGGAAAGUUUAAAGGUCUGAUAACUUGAAAUAGGUUUUUAGGAGAAUUCAUCUACUUAGACUUUUUAAAUGCCUGCCAUAAAUGAAAUUGAAAUGGUAGAAUGGCUGACCACAGCAAUGACCAGCCCUCAUUAUAGGGCCCUGGAUGAUUUCUGGUCUAAUAACGCAUGCUAGUGUUGAUGUUUUUUGGUCAAGAGGGUAUGAACAGGAAGAAUUAUGCAGCAGGCUUUAUUUUAAAUGCCGAUUCACAUUACUCUGUUCAAGCUGCGUUGAAGAUGUUAAACUGGCUUACUAUAGACUUUGUAAAAAUGGCUCCAGAAGAGUAACAAACUGAAAUCUUUUGAGAUCACACAGGUUGGAAAUAUGUACAUAACUGCACAAGGUGUCGAUUCUGCUAUACAGUGCAGUUUUAGUCAGUUUUAGUUGCAUAGGUUUCCAUUGUAUUUAUAGUCUGUUUAUGCUAAAUCUGGCCAAAGAUGAGCAUUGUCCACCACUAAAAUGCCUCUGCCACUUUGAAUUCUGUGCUAAUUUUGUGGCCAGAAUGCGGUGAUCAAAACGCUCAAUCUUUUUACAGUGGCAUAGGAAGACGGCAAAAAUUUCCUAAAGUGCAAUAGAUUUUCAAGUGUAUUGUGCCUUGUUCUAAAACUUUUAUUAUUAAGUAGGUGCACUUGACAGUAUUGAGGUCAUUUGUUAUGGUGCUAUUUCAAUUAGUCUAGGUUUAGGCCCUUGUACAUUUUGCCCAUAACUUUUUACAAAAUACUUCUUUUAUUGCACAUUCAGAGAAUUUUAUAUAUAUGUCUUGUGUGCGUGUCCUUAAACUUCCAAUCUUAUUUUGUCUCUUGGAGAUUGUUGAACGCAGCUUGUCUAGGAAGGGGAUGGGACUAGAUUCUAAAAUUUAUUUGGGACCAUGGGAAUGAUAGUUGGGAAGAAAACUAUUUGCACACGACAGAUUUCUAGAUACUUUUUGCUGCUAGUUUUAUGUAAUAUUUAUUGAACAUUUUGACAAAUAUUUAUUUUUGUAAGCCUAAAGUGAUUCUUUGAAAGUUUAAAGAAACUUGACCAAAAGACAGUACAAAAACACUGGCACUUGAAUGUUGAAUGUCACCGUAUGCGUGAAAUUAUAUAUUUCGGGGUAGUGUGAGCUUUUAAUGUUAAGUCAUAUUAAACUCUUAAGUCAAAUUAAGCAGACCCGGCAUUGGCGGUGUAGCCAUAACUUUCUGAUGUUAGUAAAAACAAAAUUGGCGACUUGAAAUUAAAACAUGCCAAGGUUUUGAUACACUUGUCUUAAGAUAUUAAUUGAAACACUUCAAAACACUGAUACGAAGUGUCCAGAUUCUCAGAUGUUUGUUGCGUGAGUUUUGUUUAGUUGUGUGUAUUUUUUUUUUUUUUUUUUCAGUGAAUGUCUGGCACAUUGCAAUCCUCAAACAUGUGGUUAUCUUUGUUGUAUUGGCAUAAUCAGUGACUUGUACAUUCGGCAAUAGCAUUGGAGCAAGUUUUCUCAGCAAGCAAUAUUUUCAGUUAAUAAUGUUUCAAAAAUUACGUAAGAAUGAAUUUAAACUUGCUGAAUGUAAAAAGAUUGAACCUCAAGUCACUGUAGCUUUAGUAAUUGCUUAUUGUAUUAGUUUAGAUGCUAGCACUGCAUGUGCUGUGCAUAUUCUGAUUUUAUUAAAAUAAAAAAUUGAACUGCACAGUCUCCUUUGUUGCUGUCAAUUGUGGUUUAUUAUUAGCAGAGGUGAAAAUAAAGUUGUGCUUUUGCCUGAAGAAAUUGUAAAAUGUAAUUUCUUGGUUGCUGUCCAGUGUUAUUUGUGAGAUGCCUCUUAGAAACAGAAUUACUCUGGUACCAUAAAUACUUCCAAUAAAAGAUAAUAAUAGUUUGAAAUUCAGUGAAACAGGACUUUUUGUAAUAGAAAAUUAAAGCCCUUUUAUCAGUGUACAUGUUACAUAUGGGUUUAUAAGCAGCUUAAUAUGAGUGAGAAUCUUUGAAGGAUUGAACAGAAUGAAGUAGGUAAAAGUAGCAAUUGAACAAGUGAAAGUAUCUAUUUAGAGAUCAGGAAUGUAUUUGGAACAGGUCAAGGGUAAUGGCAUGGACACCCAUUCUUUACCUUCAGAUGUAUUUGCUGACAUCCUUUGUUAGCACACAGGGCUACAGGCAGCCACUACUGAUUAAAAAGUGGUAAGCCGCAUAGAUGUUAACCUCUAAGGUACAGAUUAGGUUAAGCCAAAUAGCUAUUUUUUAAAAUAUAUUUUAUUAACACUUUUAGAGCAGUUUUAGGUUUACAGAAUAUUUGAGCGGGAAGAGUUCCCAUAUGCCCCGUCUCCCCUCUGCACCUUACUAACAUUUUUCUCGCCGUUACAUUUAAUAACCAGUAUUGGUGCAUUGUUAAAGACUAUAGUCUACUUUUAGGGUUCGCCCUUUGUGUUGUACGGUUUUGUAGAUUUGGACAAAUGUAUAAUGUAUCUACCACUACAGUAUCAUGAACUCGUAACAGUCCUAAAAGUCCCCUAUGCUACACCUAUUCCUACCCCUGAACCCCUGGCAACCACUGGUCUUUUUACUGUCUCUACUUUUACCUUUCCAGAACUUCAUAUAGUUGGAUUCAUACAGUAUGUAGCUUUUUCCCACUGGCUUAAUUUUUUAAGUUGUAAAUAAAACAUUUGCCAUUUCAACAUUUUCACACAAGUUGGUGGCAUCAUGUUCACCAUUAUUAAUUUUCAAGUUUUUCUGUCACUCUCAACAGAAGCUCAGUGACACCUAAGCAGUCAUCUCCCCUGCCCCUCCCUCCAUUCCCCCCCCCCGUAGCCACUAAUAAACUUAGCUCUCUAUACAUUUGCUUUGCUAGAUGUGUAAAUGAAUCAUAAUUGUCCUUUUAUUUCUCCUUAUUACUAAGCAGUAUGUACCACAUUUCGUUUAUCCAUCUUUCAAUCUUGGCUCUUGUGAAUAGCACUGCAAUGAGCAUUGGCAUAUGUGUAUGUUUCAUUUAUCGUAUUUGCUAGCUAUAUAUUCCCCUAUAAUCCUGCCAAGUUCAUCUUUUCUGCUAGAAACUUCUUUCACAUGACCGUUUUCUUAAGGUUUCAAUUCAUAGAGGCCCUGACAUUCCCAGCUAAAUUGCUCUAUCAAGAACCAAGGAAACCCUAACAGGAAGGAUGUGCAACCAGUACUGGUCUCUGGGCCUGUCUCUCCACAGGAGAUGGGGCAGGAGCUACUGAGGCUGAUGAUUCUUUGGUCACCUCACUCCCAGAUUAUGAGGGACAGGUCACAGAGGGGCUGGGCUUCCUCUCUUCUGGUCACUGGAUGUGGCACACAGAUAUGUGCUUCCUACUUCCCUCAGUGCUCCUUUAUCGUGGGAUUGUAGCAUGAAACUACUUUGACUUCUAAAAGUAGAACAUUUUCGUGAGCAAGAGAAUACCACCUUACUGUGACCUUCAGCAAGUGCUUUAACAUCUGAGCCACAGUUUUGUUUACAAUGAAGUAGGAACAACGUAACCUGCCCUAUAAACUUUUUGUGACAAGGGAGGAUAUAUUUAAAGUAGAAGUCCUGUUGAUGCAGGGUUUUAAGCGCUUGGUUGCUAAGCAAAAGAUAGGCGGUUUGGACCCACCAACCACCCUGUGGGAGAAAGAUGUGGCAGCCUGCUUCCGGAAAGAUUUACAGCCUUGGAAACCCUAUGGGGCAGUCCUACUCUGUCCUACAGUGUGCUAUGAGUCAGAAUCAACUCAAUGGCAGUGGGUUUGGUUUGAUUUUACGGUAAUUCUAUGUUUAACUUUUUGAGGAACCACCAAACCUUUCCACAGCAGCUGCACCGUCUUAUAAUCCUAACAACAAUAGAUGAGGGUUCCAAUUUCUCCACAUCUCCCUAACACUUGUUUACUGAUUUUCCGAUAAUAGCCAUCCCAGUGGGGGUGAAGUGGAAUCUCAUUGUGGUUUUGAUUUGCAUUUCCCCAAUGAUUAAUGAUAUUGCAUAUCUUUUCAUAUGCCUAUUGGCCAUUUACAGGCCAUUUUACAGGAGCCCUAGAGGCUCCGCUGCUGUUGUAUUUUAGAGUGCUAUUUUAUAGUUAGCUUUCUCAACUGUCACAAAAAGUAAAACUGCUCCCUCACCCCCAAUUCUUUUUUUCUCCUUUUUUAAAAAAUUGUGCUUUAAGUGAAAGUUUACAAUUCAAGUCAGUUUCUCAUACAAAAACUUAUACACACAUUGUUAUGUGCCCCUAGUUGCUCUCCCUAAAAUGUGACAGCACAUUCCUCUCCACCAUGUAUUUCGCAUGUCCACUCAACCAGCUCCUAUGUCCCUCUGCCUUUUCAUCUCACCUCCGGACAGGAGCUGCCUACUUAGUCUCGUGUCUACUUGAGCUAAGAAGCACUCCUCACCAGUAUCGUUUUAUGUCUUAUCCCAACCCAAAAACCCACUGCCGUCGAGUGGAUUCCAACUCAUAGCGACCCUACAGGACAGAGUAGAACCGCCCCAUAGAGUUUCCAAGGUGCGCCAGGCAGAUUUGAACUGCCGACCUCUCAGUCAACAGCCGUAGUAGCACUUAACCACCACGCCACGAGGGCUUCCUUAUGUCUUAUAGUCCAGUCUAAUCUUUGUCUGAAGAAUUGUCUUCAGGAGUGGUUUUAGUUUUGGGCUAACUGAGAGUCCAGGGACCAUGCCCUCUGGGGUCCCUCCAGUCUCAGACCAUUAAUCUGGCCUUUUUACUAGAAUUUGAGCUCUGCACCCCACUUUUCUCCUGCUCCAUCAGGGACUCUCUGUUGCGUUCCCUGUCAGGGCAGUCAUCAGUUGUAGCCAGGCAUGAUCUAGUUCUUCCAGUCUCAGGCUGAUGGAGUCUCUGGUUUAUGUGGCCCUUUCUGUCUCUUGGGCUCAUCUUUACCUUGUGUCUUUGGCAUUCUUCCUUCUCCUUUGCUUCAGGUGGGUUGGGAGCAAUUGGUGCAUCCUCGAUGGCCACUUGCUAGCUUUUAAGACCCCAGACGCCACUCACCAAAGUGCGCCCCCAGUUCUUUCAUCACUUUCCCAUGGUCGGAAGCUCAGAGCCACCCUGACAACUUCUAUUUCACCACAUCUGUCUACCAUCAAGUUACCAUUAUUUAUAAACAUUGUUCAUGUCUGCUGUCCCUUCUCUUCCAUGCUGCCUUCAGCCUAGUCCACAGAAACAGCAGCCUCCAGCCUCCCCUCUCUCCCCCUUCUGGGACAAAUAUCCAUUUCUGCUUCUCCCUUAUAUCACCCCAAUAUGGCUCAGGAUGGCAAUGUGCCUCUCUAAGAAUAUGGGUUUCCCAGCCUCUCUUGCAGCUAAGGUAGCAUUGUCUCCCAGUGUUGGUCAGUGAGAUGUAGGUGGAAGUCCCCGGAGUGGGUGUCCCUUCCCAAACAAAGCCUCUAGAGAAAGCUUUUGAUUUCUUCUCUCCUAGAACUUGGAGCAUGAUGUCCAGAAGGGAAGGAACCAGUCUGUGACCAAGGGGACAAAAACUAUAUGCUGAAAAUGGUAGAGUGGAAAGAUAAGGAGGCUUGCCUGUGUCCUGAAGGGCAUAGUGAAACCAUUGCCCCAGAAUGCACCGUCUUCCUCUGGACCUCUCAUUAACAAAAAAAAAUUUUUUUUUUUUUUUUUUUGGCUUUAAAGAACAGAAAUUUAUUUUCUCACAGUUUAAAAGACGAGAAGUCCAAAUUCAGGGCAGUGGCUAUAGAGAGGCUUUCUCUCCAUUGGCUCUUGGGGGAAGAUUCUUCUGGGUUGUCUAUCCUUGCAACAUUUAGGGAGGUUUUAAUCUUUUGAAAGAUAAAAUUCCAAAGUAAAAGAACCUAUAAGCUAAAGGAAGGGGGUGGAUCCAAUCAUUUGCCAUGCCACAUAAAUAUUUAUAAUCUAUCAUCUGGGAUACUAUUUACAUGAUAUUUUUGCAAAUAUCAGAAACUUUCUUGUUUCAAAUUUCUGACUCUUUUUACUGCUUAAAAAAGACAACACAUACAUGCGCACACACACACACACAGUCUUCCCAGGGAUAUGGAGAGCAACUGGCCAUGGUGAGCCCUUUACUUGGGAAGGCCAGUAACAGACAAUCAAGAACCAAUAACUCACACAAGAUGGGAACAGCCUAAAAUGUCCAUCAACAAAUAAAUGGAUAAAUAAAAUGUGGUACGUACAUCUGGGUGAUACAAAGAGUUAACUCACUCAGCUGCUAACCGAAAGGUUAGAGGUUCGAGUCUACCCAGAGGCACCUCAAAAGAAAGGCCUGGCAAUCUACUUCCGAAAAAUCAGCCUUUGAAAGCCCUGUGGAACACAGUUCUACUCUGACACACACAGGGUCACCAUGAGUCAGAGUGAACUCCAUGGCAGCUGGUUACAUAUAUACAGUGGAAUAUUACUCAGCCAUAAAGAAAUGAAGCUCUGGUACCUGCUAUAGCAUGAAUGGACCUUGAAAAUAUUAUGCAGAAUAAAAUGUCAGUCAGAAAAGGAAAAAUAUGAUCCCACUUAUAUAUCUAGAAUAGCAGAAACAAUUUGAAAUAGAGGCAAAGGUCAUGCUGUUUCCAGGCCCCUGUGUGGGCUAAAGCGGCACUAAAGGAGAAGGAUUAUGUUACUAAAACAAGGAUUAUAUAGCUCAUAACAGUGCUUGGGGCCAGCACAGGCAUCCUUGACUUCUUGCGUUGCCCCAGCCCCUCCAUCCCCCAAAAAACCACUUGCCGUCACGGAGAAUGAAGAAAACCAAAGACACAAGGGAAAGAACUGAAGUCCAGAGAACUAAUGGACCACAAUUACUGCAGCCUUCAUCAGACUGAGUCCAGCACAACCAGAUGGUGCCCGGCUACCACCAACAACCACACUGACAGGGAUCACAAUAGAGGGUCCUGGACAGAGCUGGAGAAACAUGUAGAACAAAAUUCUAACUCACAAAAGAAGACCAAACGUACUGGUCUGACAGAGAUUGGAGAAACCCCGAGAGUAUGGCGCCCGGACACACUUACAGCUCAAGAAUGAAGUCACACCUGAGGUUCACCCUUCAGCAGAAGAUUAACCCAGACCCCAAAACAUCAGAAGAUUAGACAGGCCCAUAAAAACAAAACGAGACUAAAGGGGCACACCAGCCCAGGGGCAAGGAUGAGAAGGCAGGAGGGGACAGGAAAGCUGGUAAUGGGGAUCCCAAGGUUGAGAGGGGGAGAGUGUUAACACGUCAUGAGGUUGGCAACCAGCGUCACAAACAAUAUGUGUAUUAACUGUUUAAUGAGAAACUAGUUUGCUCUGUAGACCUUCCUCUAAAGUACAAUAAAAAUUAAAAUAAAAAAAAGUUGCUGUCCAGUUGACUGACCCAUGUGUAUCAGAGUAGAACUGUGCUCCACAGGAUUUUCAAUGGCUAAUUUUUUGGAAGUAGGUUGCUAGGCCUCUCUUCUGAGGCACCUUUGGAUGCAGUUGAACCUCCAACCUUUCAGUUAGCAGCCAAGUGCGUCAACUGAUGGACUCCUGCCGUUUCAUCAACGUCCCCCAAAUCACUGUCUCCAGUUGACUCCAUUGCCCUAGUUCUCCUCAGACUCACCCAAUUUUCCCUAUCCCUAUUGCCACUCCCUUGGUUGCAGCCAUCUAAGCUACUCACCUAAAUGGCUGUAGCAGCCUCUAAACUGGUCCAUGCCUCUUGGGUUUUCUCACCCUCAAAUCUAUUUUCCACCCUGAAGUCACAGUGAUCUUUCUAAAGGGCAAAUCUGGUCACAUUAUUCUCCCGCUUAAACCCCUACAAUGCUGGGUUAAAAAAAAAAUACAGAAAAGUGCAUAUCACAUAGUCAUAUAAUUAAACCAACAGUUAUAACACAAGUAUCCAUAUAACAUCUCCUAGGACAAGAAACAACUUUGCUAGCAUCCUAGAUGCUGAUCAUAUAUCCCUUCCUAAUCGCAAACCCCUCUUACCUAAAAGUAAAUAUAAUACUAAUGUUUAUUGUUACCCCUUCCUUGUUUCAUUUACAAUUUUAUCACCCAGGUAUGCAGUGCUAAAUACUAGCUUUGCUUGUUCCUGAACUUUCAUUGCUGUAUAGUAUUCCAUUUCAUAAAUAUCACUAUGUAUUCUAUUAUUUUAAUCCAUUCUAUUAUUGCUGGACAUUUUGGGUUGUUUCCAGAAUUUUUGCUAUUGAGAACAAUUACAAUGCAGGCUAAAGUUUUUAUUAUAGAAUUUUCAAACAAACACAAGACUAGAGAAGGAAUCGUGAAGUGAAACCCCGUGGCCCUGCAUGCAGCUUCAAGAAUUAUCAAUGUUUCAAAGCAAGAGGUUUUUGUUUGUUUGUUUUUUAAUUGUGCUUUGGGUGAAAGUUUACAAUAUAAAUUAGUUUCUCACUCAAACAUUUAUUCACAAAUUAUUUUGUGACAUUGGUUGCAAUGCCCCCAUUUUGUCAGCACUCUGGCCCUUUCCCUUUCCACCCCAGGUUUCCUGUGUCCAUUCAUUCAACUAUCCUGUCCCUUCUGCCUUCUCGUCUUUGCUUUUGAGCAUGUGUUCCCCAUACGGUCUCCUGUACUUGAUUGAACUAAGAAGCAAGUUCCUCGUGUGUGUUAUUUGUUUUAUAGGCCUGUCUAAUCUUUGGCUGAAAGGUGGACUUUGGGAGUGGCUUCAGUUCUGAGUUAGCAGGGUCCCCAGGGGCCAUAGUCUCAGGGGUUCUCCAUUCUCUGUAAGACCAGUAAGUCUAUAAAGUGCUUUUGCACAACUGUUAUCUCAUUUUUGCUCAUUUUCAUGCCAGCAGUGCUUUAUUGAGAUAUUAUUUAUAUACAGCAAAGUGCACAAAUUGAGACACUGAUAGUUCAGUGGUAGAAUUCUCACCUUCUGUGUGGAGACCUAGGUUCAAUUUCCCACCAAUCCACCUCAUGCCCAGCCACCACCCAUCUGUCCAUAAAGGCUCGCAAGUUGCUAUGAUGGUAAACAAGUUUCAGUGGCGCUUCCAGACUAAGACAGACUAGGAAGAAAGGACUGGCGACCUACUUCUGAAAAUCAGCCAGUGUGAACUCUAUGGAUCACAGCAGUUCGUUGUGCAUGGGGUUGCCGUGAAUCAGGAGCUGACUAGAUGGCAGCUAACAACAACAACAAAGUGCGUAAAUCUUAAGUGAGCAGCUCAAUGAAUCUUGCCCAAUAUAUAUACCUGGGUAACUCACACCUAGACUAAGCUACAGAACAUUUUCGGCACCCCUGAGAAUUCCUUCACAUUGCCUCCUUGUGUCUUCAUGACAACCUCAGGACAGCCGUGCAUUAUUUGCCCAUGUCACCACUGAGGAACAUCAGCCUGAGGGGCUAAGAGACCUGCCCAGGUGCCAGUACCUCCUUGAGACUAGGAUGGUGCUGCCCUCACCAUAGAGUGGUGGCUGAGAGCCUUCUGUCUUGAGCUAGCAUCAUUAGCCAAUGUGUUGACUUCCUGGAAAAUGAGACUCUGUCCCCCUUUCUACACAGCCAGGCGGGGAGCCAGGAUGGGGGUAGUGAGAGGGACCAGCAAGUUCUUUUUUUAACUCCAGUCAUUUUCCGGAGCCAUCUCCCAACCAUCAACAUUCUGGACAAUGCCCUGGAGCCUGACACUUGUCAGUACCAGAUGCGCGGAUGCUAAUGCCAGGCUAGAAACUGCCUCCGGGGAAGGAGCAGUCACCAACCAGUCAAACUGGGUGGGUAGGGCAGCCUACUGCACAAGAGCAAGGCCUGGUAUGGAGGUCAGUGUGAGUGUGCUCAGGGGCCACCACCCUAUCCUGGCCUGGGUCUGGGCAAGAUUUGAGGACUUCCUGAGCAAGCACAGGGCAAACACAAGGUGUAUCAUGAGCUUUCACGCGAAUUUCUCCCUCCAGGAUAAAGCACUUUCUCAAAUAGGCUGUAUGCUCAGGACACGGCCCUGGGGGCCUCUGUCCUCCAGGGAUGACCCAGCGUGCCAUAUGGGGCCAGGAUCCUAUUGCUCACUGUUCUUCAGAGCUCUGGGAAAUUUCUAGGCUUCCUUACGAAAUUCUCUUUCUACUGUCACGAACAGAGCCCCCACCUGAACUGGAACCGCUGUUCUCAGAAGUCUGAGGAAUACGGAGCAGGCCUAGGUUAGAGGCCCAAGCCUGGUUUCUCCUCAAGGCCAGAGCCCCCUUUAGUCACGCUCUCGCUAGCUGCUCAGGAGCUGGGCGACUCAUCCUAUUUCUUUAAAGGAAAGGAUCAGAGAGUCAAUUGGCCUUAUUUAUUUAUUACUGAGAUCUGGAUGAGGAAGCGACACAAGAGACAUAGCAAAGACUUGAGGCAGCAGCCCAUGAGGAGUCCUUUCAUUUUUUUUUUUUUUUUCAUUUUAAUAACGGCCUUAAUUGCAAAGCCACAAAUGAACUCACACCAUCUGUUCAUCUCACAGCGUAGCUGAGGAUCAUCUGAUGACUGUUCCCCGGGAACAGCUGUUUGUUCUCAGUGAACAUUUCCGUGUAGACCCAUUUCGGGGAUUUGCUGUUCUUCACCUCCACGUGGCAGUGAGGAAGCAACCCCCAAAUUUCUGUGUACAGCACUUACCCGUCUCCCAUUUUUUGGCUGACGUCGGGGCAGGCACACACCAUGGCCCUGGCUCAACCCUCCCUGCCACUUGAUGACAAGCCGAGGGACAAAAAAAUAACCUUGUCUUGGCUCUGACCUACCCCAGAGGGAGCCUGUGCAGCAUAGGGCAAAGAAAGAAGCAGCCUAGCCUCAUGGCUUUUACAGGUUGAUGACACAGGGCACUGAAACAACAAAGGUUUCACUCUUCAGAAAAAAGACUUCCUGUUGUUCCCCGGAACUGAGCUUCUGAGUCACAAUUGUCAGCCUCUGAGGACACAAAUAGCUUUCUUAGUCUUGAUUUGGGCUUUGACAUGAAUUCCAGCCCUUUGAUUUUAGCACAUUUCCUCAUGGUGUUGUAAAAGUGGGAGAAUAACUAUAACCACCUCUAAACAGGAAGUUAUUUAGGGGGAAAAAAAAGACAAAGCUUUGUUGUGAGUACAAAUGUAGCCACACCUCGGCAUAGAAGGUCCCUCUAGAGAGAUAAAGAACCAGGGUGCCUAAGUCACAUGACCCCAAAGCCUUAGUGAGAUCUGGAUGAAAUAGAAACUUCCUGUUUAUUUUAGUCCUUUAAAACCACAGGGGCGGGGAGGAAGCAGGGAUCGAAACCACUCCUGUUGGAGCCAAAAGAAUACGAGCUGCUGUAUCUGUCCUGAAAAUUGUGGCGUCGCCCGUCCCUUCGACCACAUUUUCCGGUUCCCACCCGAGGACAAGACUGAGAUAAUACCAUAAUUAUACGUAGGAUCGACCCAGAACUCACACCAGAUGCUUUCAAUUAGCUAAUUUUAACCUCACAGCACCCUUCUGUGGGUGGGGAUAGAGAGCAGAUACAAACAUUUGUUUUACAGAUAAGAGCUGUCAUGGGGAGGCUGAAUGACCCAAUCCUGGUCAAAUCAUAACUCAAAAGCUGAGUCAGAACCUGGCUUGGUUUCAAGCCCUCCUCCUACCUCAGCUACUUUCUCCGAAAUAUCUCUAGUCACUCAGUUUCUGAGGCCUUUCAUUUUAGUACUGGGCCUGCCACGAUUCAUUUCUUGACAGUGCUCACACCCAAAGGCGUGCCAUUUCCACCAUCCUCACCUUGGGGCUCUAAGUGGAAGAUCUACACCGCACCUCAGAGCAGUCCCAGGUAAUUCUCAGGAUGGUAGAUAAGAAGGGCUCCCGGAGCUUAGCAUAGGGAUGCCCAAACUUUAUUAAAAAUACACGUGCUGAGCAUGUGGAGAAUUUGGAAUUCUCAUUCAUUGCUGGUGGGAUUGUAAAAUGGUGCAGCCUCUUUGGGAAACAGCCUGGAAGUUCCUCAGAAGGUAACAUACCCACCCAUUGUUGUCGAGUUGAUUCCGAUUCAUAGGACAGAAUACAACUGCCCCAUAGGGUUUCCAAGGCUGUAAAUCUUUACGGAAGCAGAGUGUCGCAUCUUUCUUCCGUGGAGCGGCUGGUGGAUUCGAACUACCAACCUUUUGGUUAGCAGUCAAGCGCUUAACCACUGUACCACCAGGGCUCCUUACAUAGAGGUACAUUAAGAAAAAAACCAAAACCAAAGCCGUUGCUGUUGAGUCAAUUCCAACUCAUAGCAACCCUAUAGAACAGAGUAGAACUGCCUCAUAGAGUUUCCAAGGAGCGCCUGGUGAAUUCGAACUGCCGACCUUUGGGGUAGCAGCCAUAGCACCUAACCACUAUGCCACCAGGGUUUCCAGAGGUACCGUAUGACCCACCAAUUCCACUUCUAGGCAUCUACCCAGAGAAAUGAAGACAUAUGUCCACGUAAAACUUAUACACAAAUGUUUAUAGAAGCAUUAUACAUAAUAACCAAAAAAGUGGAAAAAACCCAUGUCUAGCCACAGAUGAAUGGAUAAACAAAAUGUGGCACAUCCAUGCAGUGGAAUAUCAUUUCACCAUAAAAAAUGAAGUACUGAUACAUGCUACAACGUGAAUGAAUCUUGAAAAUAUUAUGCUAAGUGAAAGAAGGCAGACAUAAAAGGCCACAUAUUCCAUUUAUAUGAAAUGUUCAAUACAGGCAACCCACGGAGAUAGAUAGUAGAUUACUGGUUGUCAGGGACUGGGGGAGGGUGGAAUAGGGAGUGACUUCUGAUGGAUACUGAAUUUUUUUUGAGGCGAUAAAAAUGUUCUAAUAUUAGUAAUGAUGAUUGCACAACUCUGUGAAUAUACUAAAGCCCAUCGACUUGUACACUUUACAAGGGUGGAUUUCAUGGUAUGUAAAUGAUACCUCAAUAAAACUGUUGCCAAAAAAACAAAAAAAAUACAUAUGCCUGGGCUCACUCUCAGAGUGUCUGGUUCAGCAAGUCUGAGAUGGGGCCUGAGUGUCAGCAUUUAUAGCAAAUUACACUAAACCUUGGGGAGAGGGUGGUUUACAAGGAAGCAUAUGCCAUCGUGUGUGUCCCUGAAGAGCUUACAGUCACACUGCCGAAACACAGCGGCCAAUUCAAGAACAAUCAAGGGCCAGAGUGCAUGGUCCUAAAGAUAAGUACACAAGAAGUUCCAGAUAGAGAGAGAGAGAGGGGACAGUGUGUGGCAAAGGUGUCCUGGGAGAGAAGAGAAGUCAGCUGAGUCUUGGAAGAUGGGUAAGAUUUACAAAGACAGAAGGGACACAUUCCAGCAGCAGAACAGCCCCUGCUGAGAUUUGGAAGUAGGAAUGACCAGGGCAGGUACGGGGUAUGGUUUGGAGACUGGUCUUACUAACCUGGAAGGUGAAACUGGAGGAGUUGAGGAAGACAGGUUAGGAGAGGUGGGCUGGGGGCAUGUCUGAAAGCCUGGAUGCAUUGUGGUGGCUGAUGUGGAGCCAAAGACAACUGUGAGCCACAGAAUGAGGGAACAAAGCGGAAUUCAAGAAGGAAUACCCUGGCAUCGAUAUAAAGAUGCAAGGACUGGCAAUAAAAUGCUGAUUGAGAAGCUAGGGCAGGAAUCAAGAAAUGUAAUGAGGAGUGUCAAGGCCCGAGUCUUGACAGUGGACAGAAGAGGAAAGAGCAAACUCAGAGUUUAAAGAGGAAAUAGGUGAGAGAUUGGCUAAUCCAGAAUGAAGAAAAGAGAAGAAUCAAAGGGAAGCCUACAUGAGGAUGGGCACAAAAGGAGGAAACAGGGCUGUUUCUGGAGGGAGUCCAAUCAACCACCAACCUAGACUAGGAUGAUAUGACCUAGAGGAAGUGAAAGCUGAAAGUUUGUUGUCGAGUCUCCUCGAACUCAUGGUGACACCAUGUGUGUGAGAGUAGAACUGUGCUCCACCAGGACCUGGUUUAAAUCCCAGUUCUACCACUAUUGGCCAUGUGAUGUUGGGCAAGUCACAUGACCCCUCUGUGCUUUAAUUUUCCCAAGUGUCAAAUUCAAGUACCACGAGUAACUAACUACCUCAUAGGUUGUCAUGACAAACAACCGAAAAUCCAUGUGAAACAGAGGAAAUACUUUGAAAACUAUGAAUGAGCUUUUUCUCUUUUGUGUUCCUAUAUGUGUGACCUUCUCCUUGGGCAGCCAGAGGAGCCAUCUGCUUGGGAGCAGGGAAAGCUUUUCCUAAUUUCUUUGUCAAACUAAAAGUCUGUUCUGGAGAACUCAGAUCACAAUGUUUCUUCCAUUAUAGAGAGAAGAUAUGGAUUUCACCAUUAGUAAGGCCACGAGCCUUGCUGCCUUAGUGUAAGGAGGAAGUGAAAGCCCAAAGAUUGCUCCCUCUGGCCCCCAGGAAUUAUGGGCAGAAACAUGGAGGUGAGGCCAGGAGAGGCGUGGCAGUGGGUCCCAAGGUCACCUUUCUGGGCUUCGGUACAGAGAAGUGGGUCGCAAGUUAGAUAUGAUAAAAGGGAAGCCAUAAGCAGUUGAUCUUUGGCCAGGUUCAUAUUUUGGACCCUGAGAGGAGACUGUAUCCCACACUGUCCCCCUCUACACCUUGGGGCCACAUGGGAAUGGCUUGUAGGUGCAGCGUGGUGAGGCCGAGGAGAGCAGGAAUGUAGCCAUCCAGAAUUGCUCUCUGUUGCUGUGUGACCUACACAGAAAGUUUUCUUCUGGCUGGAGUUAGGCAAAGAUGAAAGAAUCAGGCUAAGGGUAGGAAUUUAGGAGUCAACAUCUCUUGAGCACCUAGAAAGUUCUGCCCUGGGAAAUAUAGACUGGUGCAAAGAUGAACUCUAGUUCCAGCUCUCAAAAAGUGAUCCUUGAAGCCAAGCUUAGGUUAGCUCAGUGAUGAACAGGAUGGGGAGACUCAUAAUUAGGACAGACUAGGACAGAACCCUGGGGGGCACCUUCACCCCCACAGAAGGAAGGACGCAAGAUAAGGAGUCCCCAGUGGAGACCUGAAGUGUAGGAGGAGAACUGGAAAUGUGCUGUGUCAAAGAAGCCCAGGGAGGCAAGAGUUUCAAUGACAUUAAAUUCCCUAAGUGUUUAAUACACACCCACUGCACUAGGAAACCAAAUUAGGCUAAUCCCUGUUGAAAGAGCUGUGCUUACUGUAUGCCUCUGAGCACUGUGUGCUCCUUUAAAUUUCCGGGUGGGCAAGAGCAUCUCUCCAGGAGUUAAAUGUACUAUUUUCUGCUGAGACAAGAGCACUCCUGUGGGAUCCCAGCCUGACAGCAAAGCAGGUCUCCGUUCUGGGUUCCAGCCAGGCCCUUACCUGGUAGGUUCCAUAUUUACUAUAGGUGGAACAGGUGAGUCAGUGCCUUCAAUAGCCCAGGGAGCUCUCCCCAACAGCAGGGAGCCCAGGGUCUGGCUCCAGGCCAGAGGGCAUGAGAGCAACUCAGUUCCCUUCUACUUGCAAGGCAACCUGUACAGAGUGGCCCAAUCCAGGUGCCAGCGUGGCUGAGGCCAUAGAGGUGCCCAGAUGGGCACACCAGGGGCGGGUAGGCAGGUCAUUUGCGUGGCCAGGCCUGCCGAGUGCAGAUCUGUGAACUGGGUCAGGAGGGCGUGUGCGGGCAAUUACCAGAGCAGGCCCCGGUUACGCACAUAUCGCCUGAUUUCCCCACGACUUGCUACUACUUGCUCUUCCUGUCGGGGUCAUUUUAGCUGUGUCCUGGUGGUUACUUUCGUUAGCACUUGGAUUAAAAAAGGAAAACAAAAAGAAACAAUCCUUCUCUUUGGGUUUACAGGGAAGUUCGCAUUUUCCAAAGUCCCUAGUUGUGAGAAGGGAAUACUGAGGCAGGCUCUUUUUAAGGCUCUUGGAUGCUGCAAGUAUUACAGAGAUAACAAAGGGUUUUCAUAUGAUAUAUUUAUCCUUGUGACACCACAUGUAGAUGAAAUAGUUUCCUUUAUCAAGUUGUUUCGAGAUUUUUAUGUUUUGAAACUCCUUUGUUUUCCGCCCAUAUUUAUUUAUUUAAAUUGUGGUAAAUAUAUGUGUAACAAAACAUUUGCCAUUUUAACAUUGUUUACAUGUACAAUUCAGUGACAUUAAUUACAUUCAUCAUGUGGUUAACCAUCACCAUUACCAUCCAUUUCCACAAUUUUCCCAUCACCCUUAGCAGAAGCUCAGUGUCCCAUAAGUAAUGAGUCCCACUUUUCCCUUCCCUUCCCCCUGCCCCUGUUUACCACUGAUAUACUUUGGUCUCUAUACCCUUGCCUCUUCUAGAUAUUUCACAUAAACACUAUUCAUACUAGCCAAAAGGUGGAAAGAGUCUAAAUGUCUAACAGAUGAAUGAUAAGCAAAAUGUGGUACCUACAUACAAUGGAAUAUUAGUCAUAAAGAGAAAUGAAGUCCUGAUACAUGCUACAACACGGGUGAAACUUGAAAACAAUAAGCCGAGUGAAACAAGUCAGUCACAAAAGGACAAAAACUGUAUGUUUUCUGCCAAUUUUUGUGUGUGAAAGUUAUUACCUCAAAUUACUAAAGUAAAAGUCACGGUAGUUUGAUCCUAGCACACCAAACAUCUAUUUUCUCCCUCGGUACUCAGUAACAUAAACUCUGCGCUUGUUCACGCGUCCAUUCAUUGAUUCAGUAAACAUUUUUGAACGCUAAAUGUAUACCAAGCCAGCUGCUUGAAGCAGGGAAUAUAGAGAUGAAAAAUGCAGUCUCCUGGGGGGAAAGAAAAUGAAAACGAAAUUAUAAUUCAGUGUGAAAAAUGUUGUGAGAGAUGUAGCAGAUGCCGUGGGCUAGCCCUGUAUCCCUGGGCCACCUGAGUUCAUCUGCAGCUGGAGCAGGCAGUUGGCCACUUCCUUUCUCAAGUCUUGGCCUCUCUCAGCUUCUUAGAGAGAGAGGCGCUACUGGAGGGGUAACCCAGAAGUGUAGGAGGGGUGGGAGGGAGUUAGGCAUGGGGGACGGGAGCUGGUGGAGAAAUGCGUCGGCCUCCCGGUCCUCCAGUGGGACAAUCUGAGGCAGGCUCCACACGGUCUCUCAGACAAUCCCAGCAGGAUUGAGCCUUUGUUGCCCACAGUGGUAACCUGCUCAUAAAGUCGCCCUUUAUUGGCUUUUCCUCCCUACCCUGUCUCACUUUCCUCACGCUUUCACUGUGAUUUCUGGGGUCACCACCCAAAUAAAUCACCUGCACCCCAAGUCCUUGUCUCAGGACCUGCUUUUGGGGGAACACAGCGAAGACAAUAGAGAUGAAAAUGGAGACCCUGGGUGCACAGAGGGGCCCCCAACCCAGGCUAGGUUGAUCAUGAAAGUUUCACCAAACUGAAAGCUGUGAAGUAAGUCAGACGUGAAGCCUGAGGUGGUCGGGAAAGAAGAGGAAGAAGGGGUUGGGCUCAGGUGCAGGGACCAAUGAGUGGAAAGGUAUGUCAGUGUGAGGAAACAGGGAAUUCGGAAAAUCCUUCAGAAUGGCUACACUGCAGGGUGCUUGUAAGAGUUGUUGGGGCAGGCAGGGCUCAGACCCUUCUGCGCAGCCAGGUCUGGGUGGCGUCUGAGCCUGGUGCUAUGCCUCUAUGCUGUAUUCCAUUCUUUUUAAAAUUAUGGUAAAAUAUUUUUUAGAUAACAUAAAAUUUGCCAUUUUAACCAUAUUUUGGGCCUUUAAAAACAAAUUUUAUUGUGGUGAAAUAUGUAUAACGCAAGAUUGGCCAUUUCAACCAUUUUUACAUGUAUAAUUCAGUGACAUUAAUUGUAUUCACCAUGUGGUGCCAGCAUCGCCACUGUCCAUUUCCAAGUUUUUUCUUUACCCUUAACAGAGACACAGUGGCCCUUAAGUAACACCUCCCCUUUCCCCUCCCCACCCACCCUUUUCCUCUCCUAGAUAUUUCAUGUAAGUGGGAUCCUACAAGAUUUAUCUUUCUAGCCAUUUUUAAGUGUACAAUUCACUGGCAUUGAUUACAUUCACCAUCACCACGUGAAACCAUCACCAGGAUUUGUUUCCAGAAUUUUUAUCACCCCAAAUAGAAACUCUGUAGCCAUUAAGCAUUAACUCCCCAUAUCCGCCUCCCUCCGUUCACGGUAACCUCUGAUCUGCUUUCUGUCUCUAUGCAUUUGCCUAUUGUAUUCCAUUCUUGAAGUCUUUUCUCAAUUUCAGAAUCAGUUCCCCAGAGCACGCACCCUACCCAGCAUUCUUUCCCCACCGGCACCUACUAGAAAAAAAUCGAAAUGCUAAUUUUUUAGUAAGAGUUUAGAAAUCUUUUAACAAACAUAGAAACAAAACCAUAUGUUCAAGCCUCGUGUUUCAAGGGAAAAAAAAAGGAUAAAUCAUCAUGUAGUCACCCACUUAAUACUUACUUGCUCGGUAAAUAUUUAUUGGGCACCUACUGCGAGCCAGGUCAGUGCACAGUCAGCACACGGAGGCGGCAGGAGCCUCUUGUGCCCCUUUGCAAGUGGACAUUUGCCUGAAAAAUGAGCCACAGAGUUGAUACAAAGUUGCUGUUGUUAGUGAUGGGCUGGUUCAUGUGACUCCAUGCACAAUUGGAUGAGACCAUUGUGAUCCACAUUUUUUUUUGAAUGUAGAUCACUACGGCUUUCUUCCUAGUUUGUCUUAGCCUGGAAGCGCAGCUGAAACUUUCACUGACAGACAGGUGAUGGCUGCACAUGACGUGCAUUGGCUGGGAAUCAAACCCAGGUCUCCCUCACCACGAAAGGCAAGAAUUCUACUACUGAACAACCACUGCCUUCUGAUUCAGAGUGGAAGAGCAGUAUUCAGUGAACAGAGGGGAAGUGGCUGUCAGUCUUGUUCCCAGCUUCAGGAUUCUCAAUUUGCCCUGCUUUUUUCCACUUUCCUCCCUCCUUUUGUCUCUCUCUCUCCCUCCCUUUCUUCUCCUCCCUUUCUGUAAAGAAAUGUAGGUUUAUUCUCUUCAAGUACGCACAAAGGCAGAGCUGAUCUUGUUCUUUCUUCCUUUUGCAUAUUCUCCUAAUAAAACAAAGGUAAACUGGAAACAUUUAGUCUCCCUCCUUGCUCCCCUGCCCGUUAGUUGCCCAGUCCCCUCCUCAAAGGCAACCUCUUUCUUGUGUAUCUUCCAGAGAUAUCCUUUGCACUUACGAACGUAUCAGAAUAUUGUUUUCUUUUUUGCCCCCAUAUAAAGAGUAGCAUUCUAUACGCCAUACUAAGCUUCACAUUUUUACCUAACAAUAAUUCUUGAAGAUCUUUCUAAAUCAGCAUAUCUGGAGCGUUCUCAUUUUGGAGGCUCUACAAUUAUAUACUUGACUAGUGUACUAUCUUAGUGUGCUAUCAAUAGAUAUCUAGGUUGUAUAUAAUCGCAUGCUAUUUUUUUUUUUAUUACAAAGAGUGCUGCAAUGUAUCUUUGUUUAUAGAUCAUCUUGCACACAUUUGAAUACAUCUGUAGGAUGAAUCCCUGAAGGUGGAGUUUCUGAGUCAAAGGGAUGAGCAAUUUACAUUUUCAUAGAUAUUACCAAUUUGCCCUCUAUAGAGGUUAUCCCUUUUUACAGGCCAACCAGCAAUAAAUGAAUGUACCAGAUUCCCCACGCCCUUUUAAACACAGUAUUAGUUUUCCGUGGCUGUGUAAACAACUUUACCACAAACUCGGCAGCUUAAAACCACACACAUUUAUUAGCUCACAGUUCUGUAGGUCAGAAGUCUGGCGUGCCAUGGCUGGGCUCUCUGCUCAGGGUUGCUUUUUGUUAUUGUUCUUAGUUGCCAUCUAGUUGGCUCUGAUUAAUGGCUACCUUACAGAACAAAACAUUGCCUGGUCCUGCAUCGUCCUCACAAUUAUUGGCAUGUUUGAGCCCAUUGUUGCAACUAUUUUGUCAAUUCAUUUCAUGAAGGGUUUUCCUCAUUUUCACUGACCCUCUACUUUACCAAACCUGGUGUCCUUCUCCAACGAUUGGUCCCUCCUGAUGACAUGUCUAAAGUAAGCAAGACGAAGUGUCGCCAUCCUCGCUUCUAAGAAGCAUUCUGACUGUACUUCCUCCAAAACUGAUUUGUUCAUUCUUCUGGCAGUGCAUCAAGGUGUUGGCUGGGCUGAGUUCUUGUCUGGAGGCUCUGGAGGGAAAUUGUGUCCAAGCUCAUUCUUGUUGUUGGCAGAAUUCAGUUCCUUGUGGUUAUAGGACUGAGACCUUCCUCUCCUUGCUGGCUGUCAGCUGGGGGCCACUCUCAGUUCCUAGAGGCUGCCUGCAUUCCCUGCCACGCGGCCCCCUCCAUCUUCAAGCCAACAAGGGCAGGUCAAAUCGGCCUCCUGUUUGUAUCUCUGACUUCCCUGUCUCUGACCUCUAAGACCCAGAUUUAAAGGGCUGGUGUGAUUAGGUCAGGCCUACUUGGCUAAUCUCCCUAUUUUACUGUCACCUGGUUUAGGUAUUGUAUCUGCAAAAUCCCCUCACAGCAGUAUCUACAUUAGUAUUUGACUGAGUAACUGGGAGAAGGUGCAUGUACAAGUGGGGGCAGGAGAUUGAGGGGCUAUCUUAGAAUUCUGCCUGCCACACCCAGUAUUAUCAAACUUUUUUUUUUAAAUGUGAUAGAUGAAAAUGAAACUUAAUGUGAUACAUGAAAAUGAAACUUAUUGGAUAUUAUGCCUGAGAAUCUUUUCAUAUAUUUAAGAUCUAUUUGCAUUUCUUUUGUGUGUAUGUGUGUAUGUGUAUGUGUGUGUAUGAAUGAUAUCUGAUUAUAGCUUUUGCCUGUUUUUCUCCUGGGUUCUUGGUCUUUUUCUUUUUUAUUAGAAGAAUUCUAUAUGUUAAGAGCCUUUCCUACAUUGUUUGUCUAAUUUAUUUUACCUGAAAUCCCAUCCUCCUUGUCAUGGAUUGAAUUAUGUCCCCCCCCCCCCCCGCCAAAAUGUGUGUAUUAACUACGUUAGGCCAUGAUUCCCAGUAUUUUGUGGUUGCCCUCCACUUUUGUGAUGCUAAUUUUAUGUUAAAGAGGAUUAGGGUGGGAUUGUAACACCCUUAGCAGAUCACAUCCCUGAUCCAAUGUAAAGGGAGUUUCCCUGGGAUGAGAUCUGUACCACUUUUAUCUCACAAGAGAGGAAAGGGAAGCUAGAAGAGAGGGGUGACCUCAUACCACCAAGAAAGAAGCACCGGGAGCAGAGCGCAUCCUUUGGACUCAGGGUCCCUGUGUCUGAGAAGCUCCUCGACCAGGGGAAGAUUGAGGACGAGAAUGUUCCUUGAGAGCCCACAGAGAGAGGAAGCCUUCCCCUGGAGCUGACACCCUGGAUUAGGACUUCGAGCCUACUUUACUGUGAGAAAAUAAACUUCUCUCUGUUCAAGCCAUCCACUUGUGGUAUUUCUGUUAUAGCAGCACUAGAUAACUAAGACACUCCUUCUUGGACCUCUAUAGUCCAGGUCAAUCCCACAUUGUUCAGAGGGCCAUACCUGAUCAUACCAAUGCUCACUCAUCUUCCCCUGUUGAGCCCUCUCUUGUGUGGUUCUAUGAUUUAUAUUUGUUGGUUACUCUUGGAUCCCCAGCUGAGAUGUUGAGCUUCUUUACUGCAUGGAUCCAAAGAGAUUCAAGUAUAAGACUAAGCAUGUGAUAAGCACAAAACUAGUAUCUAUAAAUUAGUAAGUUGAUGCCUUGAACUGGAAGCUAAAAUUUCAGGGUUUUAUCUCUACAUUUCCUAUGUUCACCACAAAUACAAGUCACCACAUAACUCUAACAGCCUUGUCCUUGUAACUUGCACCCAUUUUAAUAAUUAUUAAUUGACAUUAGAGCAUGUUAACGAGUACUCAAUGAUGUAAUCACUCAUUCUUUUCUGUUGUUGUUAGUUUGUUUCUCUUUGCAAGGCUUUACUUAUCUUUUUAUUGUACUUUAGAUGAAGGUUUACAGAACAAACUAGUUUCUCAUCAAGCAGUUAGUACACACCUUGUUCUCUGACAUUGGUGAACAACCCUUGACAUAUCAACACUCUCCCUUUUCAACCCUGGGUUCCCUAUUACCAGCCUUCCUGCUCCCGCCUGCCUUCCAGCCCCUGCCCCAGGGCUGGUGCGCCCCUUUAGUCUUGUUUUGUUCCAUGGAUCUGUUCAAUCUUUGGCUGAAGGGGGAACCUCAGGAGUGGCCUCAUUACUGAGCUGGAAGGGUGUCUGGGGGCCAUACUCUCAGGGUUUCUCAAGUCUCUGUCAGGCCAGCAAGUCUGGUCUUUCUUUUUGAGUUAGAAUUUUGUUCUACAUUUUUCUCCGGCUCUGUCUGGGAUUGGCAAGGUUUUAUUUGUGAAAUCUGUCUUCUCCAAAUCUGUUAACAUUAUUUAAUUUAAUUUGAAAAGUAAUUUAAGAUUUUAUCAGAAAUAUGUGUUCAUUCUUUUAAAAGAGUCAUAUAGAUCUAAAAGGCUUAUAAUGAAUCACAGCAUCACCCUGCCCUGGCCUGCCCCAGCUCCCUCUCUGCUCUUCCAAAGCAAAUACUUUUAGCCCUUUUAGUUCUUUCUCCUGGUAUAUAUCUCCAUAUUUCUAAAUAAUACACUUAAACUACUAUGCUUUAUUUUUUAAGUUUCAACAUUACCUGUGGCUUCUUGCCAUGGUGGAUGAGGACUUGAUCUGUUCCUACACCUUGGUCCCAUUUUUUCCUCCCUCUAUUCUCCCAACAGAGUUAUUUUACAAUUUUUGAUUAAAUCAAUAGUCGCCAUUUAUAUUAUUAUGAACAUGCAAAUAUUAUUCACUGCUGAGCUUGAUCAUUCUCUAUAGCCACAUCUCCUUUCUUAAACAAUUCUGUAAAUGUGAGUAUUAUCAGUAAGGAUGCUCCAAGCUGCAAGUAACAGAAAACAUACCUCAGUAACAGUAGCUUGGAACAGAAGACUAUUUCUUGCUUACUUAACAAGAAGGGUGAAGUAGGCAAGUGCGGUGCAGCGAACUACUUUAUAUGGCCCUUCUAACCAUGGUCUUGUGACUCUCAUAAAAUGAUUGGGUAGGACUAUGUAAAUAAGGCAUUUGUGGCCCAUCAAGGGGACUGGACAGCAUGCUAAUAAUGCAAAUAAGGUGUAUGGAACCCUUGAAGGGGGUGGGACUAUGUAAAUAAAGUGCAUAGGUUUAAAGGGAGCCAAUCCCAGUGGCUGAGGGGGGACUCUACUACCACCGAGAAGAAGAUCUGGGAAUGGAGUGCUUCCUUUGGACCUGAGCUGAGAACCUCCUAGACCCAGGAGACGGAGAGAACUGUAACACAGGAGAAGGCCAGAAGCGGCAGCAAGCACAGCAGAGUGAAGUGGCAGAGAAAUGGCAGCAGCGGAACCAGGAGACUGGUGCAAGGUGGCUCAGUGGGUUUCCUGGCCUAUGGAGCAAAGCGGCUAUGGUGAGAGCCUUUGAGCGGAAGGCUUCCUGGUGGAGUGGGUGCCUCCAGGUACUUACCAGUGGAGCUAAAAAGCUUUGCAAAACUUGCCUAAGCAGGGGAGAGGCCAGGCCUGAGUGAGGCCGACUGGCUGAGGACUCAGGACCAAGAGUGGAGGCCUGUCCUGAGGGAGUUAGGAAGAGGCCUGUCCUCAGGGGGCCGAGAUGAACCCUGCACAGCCAAGAGGAGCUGAGAGAGCUGUCCUGCACUGAAGAAAGGAGACUUUGCCUACAUGCUUCCUGAUCCUGAUCUCGAGUUGUAGCCUGUUGAUUCUGAUCCUGAGUUGUAACCUGUUAUUUUCCUAAUAAACCCUAUAACUGUGAAUAUGGUCUGUGAGUUCUGUGUGGCCAUUGUGAUGAAGUAUUGAACUCAGAGAAGUAGAGAGUGCCAUGGGGAGGGACAGCUGGUGUCAAAAUUGGUAAAAAAAAAAAAAAGUUCGAGAGAGGAGGUAUGUUUGACUUCUACCUCAUAGGAGUCAGCCUUGGGCUGAUGCUGCUGAUCCUGAUGAUUCUUUCUCCUCCCCUGAAGUUAGACGAGGGCUAACACCACGCCAUCUUUACAGUAGGCCGAGGUUUAGGUCAGAAGCUCAGCAACGUCGUUAGAACCCAGUCCCUUCCCCCUUUCCGCUCUGCUAUCCUCAGUUUCCUGGUUUUCUUAUCCAGUUUUGCUCCUGAUAGUCAUAAGAUGGUUGACUCAGCUCCGAGAGUCAAAUCUUCACACCACUUCAUUCAAAUCAGGAAGAAAAAGACUUUUCUCCUCCCAUACCUUCCUCUUUUUUUUUUUUAAUUUGCUGGGUGUGUGUUGGGGGGAGGGAUUCCUUUCCUAAAGUUCCAAGUGGACUUCCUUUUACAUCUGAUAGGCCAGAACUGAGUCAUAUGAGCUCCUAGCUGCAAAGGAAACCGGGAAAGCACAUUUCUGACAUUUCCAGCCUCUAUAAUAUAACGGAGAAGGGGAUUGGGAAUGGGUAACCAACCAACAGCAUAUGCCCGUUAGAAUGUUUUUGCUACAAGUGACAGAAGACUCAACUCAAAAUGACUUAAACAAUAAUGAGGUUUGUCAUCUCAUAUAACAAUAAGUCCAGAGCUGCGGAAGUUCCAGAGGUAGUUAAUUUAGUGACUCAAUGAUGUCAUCAAAGAUUCAAGUCCUUUCUAUUUUUCUGCUGCGCUCCCUUCAGCUGUUGGCUUUGGUCCUCUGGCUUGUCUUCUAAUGGUUACAAGAGGACUGCAGCAAGGACUGUGCAAAGACUACAGAGCAUCAAUUGGUGUGAAGAGAGAAUGUCCUGUCUUCCUGUCUUUUUCUUAAAAGUGAGAAUAACUUUCCCAGAAACUUCACAGCAGACUUCUUCUCUGGACCCAUCAGCCAGAAUUGUGUCACCUGCUUAUUUGUCACCAUGAAAGGGAAUAAAUUACCAUGAUUGGCUCUGACUAAUCAGAAUUCUCCCUCUGGGGGUCAGGGAAGAGCCCCAACGCCCCUGAAGUGACGAGGCUGAGCUAUACCUAAAUGAAAUUGGAGUUCCAUUAGCAAAGAAGAAGGAGGAAUUGCUUUAGGGAGUAUCUGCCAAACUGUGACUUUACCUGGAGUUUAUAAUUGCCUUGUUUUUUUGUUUGCCUGAUUAUUAUUAUUCUACAAAUGUUUAUUGAGGCUCUGCCAAGUUCCAGGCACUAUUCUAGGCACCAGGUAUUCAUCUUAAGAAAAACUAAGCCCUUGUCUUUAUGAACUUUAGGACAAGAUCAUACAGAUUGGGAAUAUUGAUUGCUAGUGGUAGUGAUCCUGAAAUAUUGCCUGGAACAUCAGCCACACCUUUUGGAGAAGCUGCUGGGUGGUAGGUACAACUUAAAGAGCUAGCAGUAGUAAGCCACCAUUCUCCACAGGCAAUUGCUUGGUUUUCUAUCUAGCUAGCUAACAUUGCUCUUUCCCAAAUGCUGUAAUAUCUCUUUCAGUGACUAAUCUAUAGUGUUUUCCACAUGUCCAAACUUCUCAGUCCUAGUUUUUUCCUGGAGAGCUCUUCCCCUCUUUCUCCCGAUCCAACUCUUUGUUCUCUGGGACUGCUGCGCAGCUGUCAUUCUGUGACUUCCUUUAGCCAUUAUUUCAGAAAUUUCUGGCUCUUCCCUCCUGUGUUGGGACUCUGUUUCUGUGAUUCCCCUUCUUUUUCAUUGUUGCUGUACUUCCUUGUGCAUAGAAAAUGUAUUUUUGAGCUCAUGCCCAUCUGAAAAUGUCUUUAGUCUACCUUCCACUUAACAGAUUAUUUGGCUGAACAGAGAAUCCUAGGUUGAAAACAAGUUCCACAUAGACUAUUGAAGGCAUUGUUCUACUGUCUCCCAGCAUUCAGUGUUUCUGUUGAGAGGUUCAAUGCUAAUUUGAUUCCUGUUCCUUUAUGUGAGGUUUGUAUGUUAUGAGGAUCGUAAAAAUGGCAUGUGGAUGUCAGAAGUCCUCUAACUUCACAAAGGGGAAGGAGAAUCAUUAUCAGCAGCCCAAGGCUGAUUCCUAUGAGGUGGAGGUCAAACAUACCUCUACCCUACAAAUUUUUUACCAAUUCUGACACCAACCGUUCCUCCCACAGUACUCUCUACUUCUCUGCUGGGUUCAAUAAUUCAUUGCAACAGCCACACAGAACUCACAGACCACACUCAUGAUUAUGGGGUUUAUUAGGGAAGUAACAGGUUACAAUUCAGGAUAGGAAACGACUUAGAAUACAGUUUUUCGGACACAACAGCUUCUCAGCAGUGCCCGCAGGCAGGUCUCUCUCUCUCCAGCAAAACUCCUGCCAGAAGGUGCUCAGCUCUCUCACUCCAUGGGCCAUCACACCCACUGCAGUUGCCUCGCUCUGCAGGCUGGGAAACCUACUGCGCUGUCUUGUGCUGGUCUCCUGGUUCCGCUCCUGCCGUUUCUCUUGCUGGAUUCUGUCAUGCUUGCCACUGCUUCUUGCUGUCUCUGGUAUUACAGCUCUCUGUCUCUUGGGCCUAGAAUGUUCUCAGCACAUGGACCCUGCAUCCUAAGAACGCACCCCACUCCUGGCUCUUCUUUUUGGUGGUAGUGUUGUCUCCCUCUCCACUGCUGGGAUUGGCUCCCUUUAAGCCUAGCGGGAUGGCAAAACUGACCAGUCCCUUGUUAAGGUUUUGUACACCUUAUUUGCAUGGUCCCAUCUCCACAAGGUUCUGUGCACUUUAUUUGCAUUAUUAGUAAACUGUCCAAUCCUCUUGGCAGGCCACAAGCACCUUAUUUGCAUAGAGCCACCCAAUCAUCUUGUGAGAGUCCCAACACCAUGCUAAAAGCGCCAUAUUAAGUAAUUCACUGCACCAUAAGGACCUUGGAAACCCUGGUGGUGUAGUGAUUAAGAGGUACGGCUGCUAACCAAAAGAUCGACACCUUGAAUCCACCAGGCGCUUCUUGGAAACCCUAUGGGGCAGUUUUGCUCUGUCUGAUAGGGUUGCUAUGAGUUGGAAUCGACCUGACCGCAAUGGGUUUGGGUUCAUGUGUUUGCUUUUUAUAAGGAUCUUAUACGAGACUUUUAGGACCUUCCUUUUUUGGUGGUGUUCUAAAAUUUAUUGGCGAUGUACUUUCUUGUAGGUUUUUUUUUUUUUUUCCUUCCAUUCACUGGGUUGGUACUUUCGAUAUGGCAGAAAAUGUUCUAUAAUCGUUUUUUUGAUUAUUUUUCCCCCUCUUUUUCUCUCUUUAUGGAAUGAAGGACAUAUUGGGUAACAUGAGUGGUGGAACUCCUGCAUUUUUCCUCUAAUUUUUAAAUUGUGAUUUAGGUGAAAGUUCACAGUUCUAGUUAAUUUCUCAUACAAAAAUUUAUAUUUAUACGCAUGUUGUUAUGUGACCCUAGCUGCAAUCUCUAUAAUGUGACAGCACACUCCCCCUUUCCACCCUGGCUUUCCUGUGUACAUUCAACCAGCUCCUAUCCCUUUCUGCCUUCUCAUCCCACCUCUGGACAGGAGCUGCCUAUUUAAUCUUGUGUAUCUAUUUGAACUAAGAAACACACUCUUCAAGAGUAUUAUUUUAUGUUUUAUAGUCCAGUCUAAUCUUUGUCUGAAAAGUUGGCUUUGGGAACCGUUGAUUGGUUGAGUUGAUGGUUGAUUGAAUGGUCGAGUUGAUUCCGACUCAUAGCGACCUUAUAGGACAGAGUAGAACUGCCCCAUAGGGUUUCCAAGGAGUGGCUGGUGGAUUCAAACUGCUGACCUUUUGGUUAGCAACUGUAGCUCACUGUAGCCCUUAACCCCUGUGCCACUAGGGCUCCAGAAAUUACAGUGAGUUCCCGUAUACACCUUCCCCCCUGCACACUGUUUCUCCUAUUAUUAACAUCUUGUAUUCCUAUGGCACAUUUCUUACUACUGAUGAACUGAUAUUAUUAUAAAAUCACAUAGUUUAUAUUAGGGUUCACCUUUGUGUUGUACAGUGCUAUGAGUUUUGGCAAAUGCAUAAUGUCUUGUACCUGCCAUUAUAAAAUAGUAUCAUGCAAAAUAGUUUCACUGCCCUAAUCUCCAUUUGUUGUGGUUGCCUUUUGAAACUGAAACUCCUCACUUUCAGUUAUGUAUGACGCAUAGCCACAGCCCCAACAAAGUUCUGUUCAUCUGAGCCCUCUGAAUAUAAGCCCUCAUACUUGCACGUGACCUGUAUUCUAUCUGUAUUACAUUCAGUAUUAUCUUUAGUAACAGUACAGAUAUUCCUCAACUUACAACACAUUCGAAUUCCUACGAACCACACUUACGACCGUCUUCUUUUGGUACGUCUUAUCGCUAAUAAUAUGUAUUACAUACAAUGUUGCAGCACAAAAUUUGCUGGUAUUAUCAUUCUCAGAUGCUCACUUGCAGAUGUUCAAUGUUAUGAUUUAUUGUUCAAAACGCUGCAGCAUAGCAGGCAAUAACGAAAUUAAAAAAAAAAAAAGAG